AUGGGCGCAACGAAGUACACCGACCGAAGCAUCCCUCGAAUCUCUCUCGCCGAGUUCGACAACCGCAUCGACGAGAUAACCUCCCAACUCGUCCACGCCGCAGAGACAGAUGGCUUCUUCUCCCUCACCGACACCGAAAUCAGCAUCCCGGAAAUCGACGCCAUCUUCGCCACCUCAGAGUCCUUCUUCGCCCUUCCAGACGACGUAAAAGGCACCGUCCCCUUCACCCACAACAACGUCGGCUGGGAGAAGAAAGGCCAAAUCCGGCCCUCGACUGGCGUCGCCGACCAAAAAGAAUCCUACCAGCUCCAAUUUGGCCAGAACAUGACCGACAAGUGGAUCUCCCCCUCCGCCCUCCCAGACUUCAAACCCUCCGCCCAAGCCUUCAUGGCCAAAGCCCAAUCCGUCUCAGAGAAACUUAUGCUCUGCUUCGCCCGCGGCCUAGGCUUCCCAGACGACCACUUCAUCCGCGCCCACGACACCUCUCGCCCCGACUGCCAAUCCGUGCUGCGCCUGCUACACUACUUCGCCGUCGACAAAACCGUGCCUCCCCAAGAAAACUUCUACCGCGCCGGCGCCCACGCCGACUGGGACCUCCUGACACUCCUCUUCCAACGCCCGGGCGAAUCCGGCCUCGAAAUCUGCCCAGGCCGCGAAGCCGUCACGUCCUUCGGCAUGGGCGACACAUGGACGAAAGUCGACUUCGCCCCGGGAGACAUCGUCUGCAACAUCGGCGACCUGUUGAUGAGCUGGUCCGACGACCGGUUCAAAUCCACCUUCCACCGCGUGAAGGCGCCCACGGAUUUCGAGCGGGAUUACUGGGGCCCGAGGUAUUCGAUUGCGUUUUUUAAUCAGCCGUGUGUGGAUUGUGUGAUUCAGGGGCCGCGGGGGAAGUAUCCGGAGGUGACGGGGGCGGAGUUUACGAGGAGGGCGAUGGAGAGGAAUUUUGGGGCUUUGAGGGCGAAGCAGGAGGAGUUGAGGGAGAAGAUGGGGGAGGGGGGGGAGGGGGGGGGGAAGGCUGUUGCGGCGAGUGCGUGA